GCGGCGCGCCCUGUCCAUGGUGCGGGCGGCGGCGCGGGUGUCCCCGCGGCGGGAGCGCGGCGGCGCGGGGCUGUAUGGACGUGAUGUCCCCGCAACAGGAGCACCUCGGCCCGGGCCGCUCGUCCUCGGUGAGCGGCGAGAGCAGGGGCUUCGCCGCCGCCGACAGCAAGAAGAAAAUGAAGAGUUUGGCCCAAAGACGCCAGUCUGCACCAUCUUUGAUCUUUGUCAAAGCACUCAGCAGAUCUAGAUCGGCCUCAAGGGAAGGCUGCUUGUCCCCCAUCAGCCCAGAGGCAUGGCCCCUUGUGCAGUCUUUCAUAUGCCACAACCGAACGUUCAUCCUGGACGGCCACGUGCAGCUGAAGACGAGUCUGCAAACCCAGGAGCGACACCUUUUCCUCUUCACAGACCUUCUGGUUGUUGCCAAGUCCAAGUCACACUCUCAUUUCAAACUUAAGUGCCAAGCACGUCUCUGUGAGAUGUGGACAGCAUUUUGUACAGAAGAAGUCUGUGAAGGCAGCACAGACCCAGACCGGUCCUUUGUUUUGGGCUGGCCCACUACAAACUGUGUGGCAAAUUUCAGGUCUGCAGAACAAAAGGAAACAUGGCUGUCUUUUUUGCAAAGUCGAAUAAGAGAAGAGAAGGAAAAAGACCAUCCUAAAAGCAUUCCUCUGACGAUAAUUGCAAAGGAUGUGGGAACUUGUGCAUAUUCAAAAACCCUAAAUGUAACCAAUGCUGAUACAGCAAAUGAUGUAAUUCUGAUGGCCCUGCAGCAGCUGGGAAUUAAUGGCUCUGAAAAAGACUACAAGCUAUGGGUGAUUUCAGGAAGAGAACAUGCUCCUUACCCUCUUAUUGGACAUGAAUAUCCCUUUGGAAUUAAAAUGAGCCACAUUCGUGACGCUAUGCCCCACGGAUCAAAGCACUGUGCCUGCCCCAGGCAGCUUCAGGGCCCUUUCUUGACGGAGCAGCUGCCCCAGGAGCUGCAGUGCCAGUUUGUGCUGAAGCCCAGCCAGGUGGCCGCGUGCCAGCAGCUGAACGACUUAAGCCAAAAGUCAUUUAAAAGGAAAAGAUCUAUCAUAAAUUGGGCUUUUUGGCGUGGCCCAGGCACUCAUUUGGACAAUGCACCCCUCUCCUCAACAUCUGCUGCUCCUGGGAAGCUCUUUGGCCUCUUACUAACAACCAUCUGUGAGGAUGACAACCUGCCCAAACCCCUCUUGGACAUGCUUUCCCUCCUUUACCAAGAGGGGCCUUCCACCAAGGGUAUUUUCAGACGCUCUGGAAGUGCAAAAACCUUCAAAGAGCUAAAGGAGAAGCUUGAUUCAGGUGCUGAAGUGGACCUGGCCUGUGAAUCCAUAUUUGUGACAGCAUCUUUGUUUAAGGAUUUUCUUCGCAACAUUCCAGGCAGUAUUUUAUCAUCCCAGCUGUGUGAUAAGUGGGUCUCUGUGCUGGAUCAAGGAAAUAAUGAAGAGAAGAUAAAGAGCAUCCAAAGGUUAAUAGAGCAUCUCCCCAGAGCUAAUGUUUUUCUCUUACGUUACAUCUUUGGAGUACUGCAUGGAAUAGAAAUGCGAUCUGAAGAGAACCAGAUGAAUGCCUUUAAUCUGGCUGUGUGCAUUGCACCUAGUCUGCUCUGGCCUCCUGUAUCCUCCACUCCUGAUAUAGAAAGUGAAUUUAUUAAAAAGAUUUCUAGUCUGGUACAGUUCCUCAUUGAGAAUUGCUGCAGGAUUUUUGGAGAUGAAAUUACCUCCCUCUUUGGAGAAAUACUGAUGACAUGCAAGAGAGAGAACAGCUCAGAUGUUGCUUCUCUCCAUCAGAAUGACUCUUCCUAUGACAGCCUGGAAAAUGAGGCGAAUGAUGAAGCUGACUCUUCCUCCAGUGACUGGAUUAAAACCCGUGAUCAGGAUAACAGGAGCAGGGAGUCUGUCUUCACUCUGAGCGAUGGCGAUUCGGAGCAGACAGAGGUGGAUGAAGUCCAAAGCCGAACCAAACUGAAGCAGUUGGCAAUUUCUGCUGACAUGCAUCUGAAGUUUUCCUCGCAAGAAAACUCCAACGAGUCUCACUACUCCAGUGGUUUCCCCUCAGCAGCUACCUCGGAUGCUCCCAAGACUGUGAGGAGGCACCGGCGCUCCUCCGAGCCUGCAGUUGGCCUCCAGACCUGCAGUUCCGCGCGCACCGAUGCCGGGCUUGAGAAGGCAGCGCGCAAAGCCAGCUGUGACUUUGUCCUUUCUCACGAAGACGAAGAGUGUCUCUGCCAACGCCGCUCAUUGCAGGUGGAAAGGCAAAAGCUCAGCAAUCAGAGCUUGGUUGUAGGGAUUAAUGUUGGUAAAAGUGACAACACAAACCAAAAUGUUGAAAGGAAAGACCUGUCCCAUUGUCUUCUGCCUCCAACGCCUGAAGGAUUAAAUCUUUGCUCAGGAUUUAGCUCUUUCAGUCAGUCUUCUUCUGGGACAUCUCCAUCUGUGUCAUCAAUUUGCUCCCUGGACAGUGCUUUCUCCCAGUUUUCAGACCAGGCUCUGUUUACCCUAAGUGAAACCUCCUGCCCUUUCGAUAGCACUUUUCAGUUGCUAAAGAAACACGAAGACGCUGCUGCUCCUGUGGCUGAUGACUGUUUGCUUACAGCCACCAAGGUGCCACCAUCUCCACAACCUACUGACACUGGGGCUGAGGGGGGCUUGGUGGGGGCCAGCACCAGGUCAGCACCCCUGAAACCUACUGAUGGAGUCGAUGGCAGUUUCAUUAAGCCUGACCUUCAGCCAUUGCCUCUGAAAGUCACUGGAAGAGACAGACUUCAUGAUCAAAGAGGAGGUCUAGAAAAGCAUUACAGCAAUCCAAAGUUUGAAGAGACCGACCAAAGCUUUUUGCAGAGGAAUCUUAAUGCUUAAAAUAAACACCAUAAAGAAAAUGCCUUUGGUGUUGAUGUGUGUUCAUUUUAAGUUUAACAUCCAGGUUGUUCAAAUUUAAUUGAGCAGUCCCUGGACUCACAGGUUUUCUUUCUUUUAGGAAACCGUCUGAGUAAUGUUCCAAUAUAAAGCUUUGCAAGAAUAUUGUAAGAAUAAUAAAAAUUGCUGAAAAGCAAGCAAAUAGAAAUCUCCUGAAAAUUUGGAAGGGACCAGGAGGUAGCUAAGGCCAGUGUCCUGUUCCCUGACCCUGCCAGGGCAGCGGGCUGCCUGCUGGGCCUCUCUCCUUGACCACUCGAGUGUUGAGCCUUGCAGAUGUGAGUCCCAGUCCUUUGUGCUUUUGAUGUAGCGUGCAAAGUCAGAAUAGCUUCCAUAACUGUGGUAUUAUACUACUGUUCUGAACUGAUAAAUAUUACCUUCAUUGUCCUCCAGGGAGUGUGUUGUUUUCUGUAUGUUUAUACAGUAUGUUCGAUAGGUGUAGUUAUUUCUUUCACACUGCAAAAGAAAGCAAAAGUAAGCCCGAAAAUAUGUAAAGGGAAAUGCUGAAUCUUGUAACUAACACCUUGCAACUCUGUGUUUCAUUUAUUGUGCUUUGUUGGCUGUUCUGUUCAUGUUUAAGUUGUGAAUAGUUUCUUAACAUUGCUGUAAAUGGCAUUAUGUAUUAUUGCAAGCAGAACACAAGAAAUUUUAUUAUGCAACAUCUAAAACAUAGAAUCACAGAAUGGAUUGGGUUGGAAAGGACCUUAAAGAUCAUCCAUUUCCAACCCCCCUACCAGGGCAGGGAUACUAGACCAGGUUGCUCAGAGCCCCAUUCAACCUGGCCUUGAAUGAUUCCAGGGGUGGGGCAUCCGUAACUUCUUGGGGCAACCUGUUUUAGUGCUUUACCACUCUGUGAGUAAAAAAUUUCUUCCUAAUCUCUAAUCUAAUCUGCUCUCAGUUUAAAAACUUGCCCCUUGUCCUGCCGCUACCUGCCCAUAUAAAAAGUCAUCUCCCUUCUUUUUAUAAGCCCCCUUAAGGUACUGGAAGGCCAAAGUGAGGUCCUCCUGAAGCCUCUUCUUCUCCAGGCUUAACAAUCCCAACUCUCUCAGCAUUCCCUCACAGAAGAGUUUUUCCAUUCCUCUAAUGUUCUUUAUGGUCCUUCUCUGGAUUCGCUCCAACAGCUCCAUGUCCUCCCUGUGCUGGGACCCCAGAGCUGGAUGCAGCCCUGCAGGUGGGGUCUCACCAGAGCAGAGCAGAGGGGCAGAAUCCCCUCCCUGGCCCUGCUGCCCCACGCUGCUUUGGAUGCAGCCCAGGACACCUCUGGCUUUCUGGGCUGUGAGGGCACAUGGCUGGGUCAUGUCCAGCCUCUCCCCCAGCAGUACUACAAGUCCUUCUGCACAUGGCUGCUCUCAAAGAGUUCUUCUCCCAGUCUGUACCUGUAUCUGGGAUUGUCCUGGCCCAGGGCAAGGUGCAGCACCUUGCACUUAGACCUGUUGAACCUCCUGAGGUUCUCAUGGGCCCACUUCUCGAGUUUGUCCAGGUCCCUGUGGGUGGCAUCCCGUCAUUCUGUUGUGUCAACUGCACCUCUCAGCAACCUGUCACCUACAAACCUGCUGAGGGUGCGCCCGGUUUCGCUGUCUGUGUCAUACAUCAUAUAAUAUAUUAGAGUAAUGCAUUAUCUAAAUGCUUUGUAUAAUAUAUCCUGCUAAAUUUUGCUAUUAUAUAUGUUCUGAAAAAAAUGUGUAUUUUUGUACUUGCAAAAAACUGCUGCUAAUUUUACAAGUUCUGUUUUGUUGUUACGGCACUGGUAUUGAUGUGUAUGCAUUCAAUGCUAUAUAUUAAAUAUUAUUUGUUAUGUCAUAAA